CCUCCUGGAGGGAACCGACCCCGAGAGCGGCGCUCCCUAUGCGGGUACAUCUGAACCUUCUUUUAUUGCUAAAAGUGAAGACCGUUUGUUUAAAGACUUAUUUGAAGACUAUGAAAGAUGGGUUCGCCCAGUGGAACGCUUGAAUGAUACAAUAAAAGUGAAAUUUGGCCUUGCAAUUACCCAGUUGGUGGAUGUGGAUGAGAAAAAUCAAUUGAUGACAACAAAUGUUUGGUUGAAGCAGGAGUGGGUUGAUGUAAAAUUGAAAUGGGACCCUAAAGACUACGCUGGAAUAACAUCUAUUCGUGUCCCUUCAGAUUCAAUAUGGAUUCCAGACAUUGUUUUAUAUGACAAUGCAGAUGGCCGUUUUGAAGGAACAUCGACAAAAACAGUAGUGAAACAUGAUGGUACUAUUGCUUGGACUCCUCCAGCAAAUUACAAAAGUUCCUGUACUAUAGAUGUCACUUAUUUUCCAUUUGACCUCCAAAACUGCACCAUGAAAUUCGGCUCCUGGACUUACGAUGGUUCGCAAGUUGAUAUAAUUCUUGUAGAUGAAGACGUUGAUAAGAGGGACUUCUUUGAUAAUGGAGAAUGGGAAAUAGUAACUGCAACUGGGGUCCGACGGAACAGAACGGAUGGAUGUUGCUGGUAUCCGUUUAUUACAUACUCGUUUAUAAUUAGACGUCUGCCUCUCUUUUAUACGCUGUUCCUCAUUAUUCCCUGUAUAGGGUUGUCAUUCUUAACUGUCCUUGUUUUCUAUCUUCCAUCCUAUGAAGGUGAGAAAAUCUCUCUGUGCACAUCAGUGCUGGUGUCCUUAACUGUCUUUCUUCUUGUCAUUGAAGAAAUCAUACCCUCGUCUUCUAAAGUUAUACCGCUUAUUGGCGAGUAUUUGGUAUUCACGAUGAUUUUUGUGACACUGUCUAUUGUCAUCACUGUCUUUGCUAUUAAUGUUCACCAUCGAUCCUCAUCGACACAUAAUGCGAUGGCACCUUGGGUCCGCAAGAUAUUUCUUCACAAACUUCCCAAACUACUUUGCAUGAGAAGCCAUGUCGAUAGGUACUUUGCUCAGAAGGAGGAGACCAGCAACACCAAUGGAUCAGAGCCCUCUAGGAAUACCUUGGAAGCAGCUUUAAAUUCUAUCCGGUACAUUACGAGGCACAUUGUCAAGGAGAACCAAGUACGUGAGGUUGUUGAGGACUGGAAAUUUAUAGCUCAGGUGCUUGAUCGUGUGUUCUUGUGGACAUUCCUUCUGGUUUCAAUUAUUGGAUCACUGGCACUAUUUAUUCCUGUAAUUCAUAAAUGGGCAAGCAUAAUAGUACCAGUCCAUAUUGGAAGUGUUAAUAAAUGAAGGUGUAGGUAGGGAUCAAGUUGUAUCAAUCUUUCUAGGAGUAUUAAUCUCAAAGACAUAGUUGUGAAAUUAUUUGACAUACU